UAUUGGAUAUCCACUUGGCACCGAAGCAUGCAAGAACAGACAGCUGUCUUUUAUCUAUCUAAACUCGCAGUACUGAUGUGCCAGUUUUCACUUGGUACACUUCGCGUCUGUCUACUCUUCAAAAGAGCUGUUCUGAUUCUUGAAUUAUAACGGCGUAGGUGGGGGUUAUAUGGUCAACAGAGUGAGAAAAGCUAGAGAGCAAAAGAUGGGAAAGAAAAGUUACUUGGCGAUGAGGAGGGAUCAGGGAAUGGAGAGUAGCUUGCUUGCUUCUGAUUUUCAAGACUUGACUAAUGCUGCUAAGAAGCUAGCUAAUCAUGCUGUCAAGCUUGGUGGGUUAGGAUUUGGUACCACUUUUCUUGAAUGGAUCGCUGCUUUUGCUGCUAUUUAUCUACUGAUCUUGGAUCGAACGAACUGGAAAACCAACAUUCUUACUGGUCUAUUAAUCCCUUACAUUUUCUUUACUCUUCCUUCAAUAUUGUUCAGCCUGCUCAGAGGAGAUGUUGGAAAAUGGAUAGCUUUCGUUGCUGUUAUAUUGCGUCUUUUCUUCCCAAAACGUUUCCCAGAUUGGCUUGAAAUGCCUGGUGCUUUGAUUCUUCUAAUAGUGGUGGCUCCUAGUUUGUUUGCAAGCACGAUAAGGAAUAACUGGAUUGGUGUGUUCAUAUGUCUAGCCAUUGCAUGUUAUUUGCUGCAAGAACAUAUCCGGGCAUCGGGUGGGUUUAGAAACUCCUUCACAAAAGCACAUGGCAUAUCCAACACUGUUGGCAUAAUACUUCUGUUUGUUUAUCCUGCCUGGGCAUUGCUGAUUGAUUUGCUUUAAGCACACCUCAGCAGAUGUGCAUUGUAGCCUUAUUAACAGGCUUUUUAAGUGUUUUUUAGUUGUAUCAUCAAUUCGUUGUGACAUUCAAAUUCGUUGUGACUGAAGUGUUAUCGAGACUGUAUCAUUCAGUUAUCUAUUGGCAUUGCGGUACAAAAUCAAACCGUUUGCUGAACAAACCUUGAAGGAUUCUUGUAUUGCUCUCACCUGUAAUAAAACAAGUUACAUGUCGUGUUCCCUAUAA